GCGAAACAGGGAGAGACGGGAAAGAAAAGGGUGAAAAAAAUGCAUAAAUAAAUAAAGAAAAAGAAGAGAGGCUUCACUCUCCCAGAGCUGUAUUAGCAAAGACUUAUUUCUACCUCCAUCGAAUACUCUGUCACGGUGCACGGUCUGGCACUGUGGACCCGGUGCACCCGAUUCUUAAUUCGCGACCAUAACAAGCCAAUGCUCAUUUCUCCCUCUCUGUUUGCUUCAACCAAACAGACCAAACAAAUCAAAGCAAGAAGAGAAACUGAAAAUAGAGGACAGAGGUACAUAGAGAUCAAUAAUCAAAGAUGGCACCAAUUCCUCUUCUCACUCCUUACAAGAUGGGCAAAUUUGAUCUCUCCCACAGAAUUGUUCUCGCUCCAUUAACAAGAACAAGAUCCUAUGGAAAUGUUCCCCAGCCACAUGCCAUUUUGUGCUACUCUCAAAGGGCAACAAAGGGGGGGCUUCUGAUUGCUGAGGCCACAGGUGUCUCAGACACAGCCCAGGGUUACCCAAACACCCCAGGCAUAUGGACUAAGGAGCAGGUGGAGGCAUGGAAGCCCAUUGUGGAUGCUGUGCACAAAAAGGGUGGUGUCUUCUUUUGCCAGAUUUGGCAUGUUGGAAGGGUUUCUGCAUAUCGUUACCAGCCUAAUGGGCAAGCACCAAUUUCAAGCACGGACAAGCAAAUUGCACCUCAAACUCACCCUGAUGGCACUGUGGAGGCCUACUCUCCCCCUCGACGGUUAACAACCGACGAGAUCCCCCAAAUCGUCAACGAUUUCAGACUUGCCGCAAGGAAUGCCAUCGACGCUGGCUUUGAUGGGGUCGAAAUCCACGGUUCGCACGGCUUCUUAAUUGAGCAAUUCAUGAAGGACAGUGCCAACGACCGAACGGACGAGUACGGGGGGAGCCUUGAGAACCGGUGCCGCUUUGCGCUAGAGAUCGUCGAGGCGGUCGUCAAGGAGAUCGGAGCUGACAGAGUCGGAAUAAGGCUCUCACCUUUCGCCGACUACAUGGAUUGCUGGGACUCAAAUCCAGAAGCUCUCGGGCUCUACAUGGUCAAAUCGCUAAACAAGUACAACAUUCUCUACUGCCAUAUGGUUGAGCCUCGAAUGUGUAUCGUCGAAGGGCGGCGCCAAAUCCCUCAUAGGCUUCUUCCUAUGAGGAAAGCUUUUAAUGGAACUUUUAUUCCCGUGGGAGGAUACGAUAGAGAGGAAGGGAACAAAGUGGUUAAUGAAGGUUAUGCUGAUCUUGUGGCUUAUGGCCGCUUGUUCUUGGCUAAUCCUGAUUUGCCGAAGCGAUUCGAGCUUAAUGCGCCAUUGAAUCAGUAUGAUAGAGCGACAUUUUACACUUCUGAUCCUGUUACUGGGUACACAGAUUACCCAUUUCUCGAGUCUUCUUCUUGAACUUUUUUGCCAAUUUGUUUUGUUAAUUAAUGUUAGUGAUAUAAGAGUGGUACGUAGAGUUGGGAUUGUUCGUUUUCCUCAUGUAACAUGGCAUUGUUUACACUAUACAUGCAUCAUGAAUAAAGUGAUUUU